CGGCGGCGGAGGCCGAGGUGGGGCCGGGCCGGGUCGGGCGUCGGGGCCACACGUCCGCCCGCGGGUCACUGGGGCUGCGCGCGCCAUGGAGCCGCGGUGCUCGCCGCCGUGCGGCUGCUGCGAGCGGCUGGUCCUCAACGUGGCGGGGCUGCGGUUCGAGACGCGGGCGCGCACGCUGGGCCGCUUCCCGGACACGCUGCUCGGGGACCCGGCGCGCCGCAGCCGCUUCUACGACGGCGCGCGCCGCGAAUACUUCUUCGACCGGCACCGGCCCAGCUUCGACGCGGUGCUCUACUACUACCAGUCGGGCGGGCGGCUGCGGCGGCCGGCGCACGUGCCGCUCGACGUCUUCCUGGAGGAGGUGGCCUUCUACGGGCUGGGCGCGUCGGCGCUGGCGCGCCUGCGCGAGGACGAGGGCUGCCCGCUGCCGCCCGAGCGGCCCCUGCCCCGCCGCGCCUUCGCGCGCCAGCUCUGGCUGCUCUUCGAGUUCCCCGAGAGCUCGCAGGCCGCGCGCGUGCUCGCCGUCGUCUCCGUGCUGGUCAUUCUCGUCUCCAUCGUCGUCUUCUGUCUCGAGACGCUGCCCGAUUUCCGCGACGAACGCGACAGGCCGGGGCUUGCAGCGGUGGCUGCGGCGGGACCGUUCCCCUCUCGCCUGAACGGCUCCAGCCCUGUGCCCGGACCCCCACCCCGCACACCCUUCGAUGACCCGUUCUUCGUGGUGGAGACGCUGUGCAUCUGCUGGUUCUCCUUCGAGCUGCUGGUGCGCCUGCUGGCCUGCCCGAGCAAGACGGCCUUCUUCAAGAACGUGAUGAACCUCAUUGAUUUUGUGGCCAUCCUGCCCUACUUUGUGGCGCUGGGCACCGAGCUGGCCCGGCAGCGGGGGGUGGGCCAGCCGGCCAUGUCCUUAGCCAUCCUGCGGGUCAUCCGACUGGUGCGCGUCUUCCGCAUCUUCAAGUUGUCUCGGCACUCGAAGGGCCUGCAGAUCCUGGGCCAGACGCUCCGGGCGUCCAUGCGCGAGCUGGGCCUCCUCAUCUUCUUCCUCUUCAUCGGCGUGGUCCUCUUCUCCAGCGCGGUCUACUUUGCCGAGGUCGACCGGGAAGACUCCCAUUUCACCAGCAUCCCUGAGUCCUUCUGGUGGGCAGUGGUCACCAUGACGACAGUCGGCUAUGGAGACAUGGCCCCCGUCACGGUGGGUGGCAAGAUCGUGGGCUCCCUGUGCGCCAUCGCGGGGGUGCUGACCAUCUCCCUGCCUGUGCCAGUCAUUGUCUCCAACUUCAGCUACUUUUACCACCGGGAGACAGAGGGCGAAGAGGCCGGAAUGUACAGCCAUGUGGACACGCAGCCCUGUGGCCCCCUGGAGGGCAAGGUCAAUGGGGGAUUGGUGGAUGGAGAGGUGCCUGAGCUGUCACCCCCACUCUGGCCCCCCCCUGGGAAACACAUGGUCACCGAAGUGUGAGGGACAGUUGAAGCCUGCAGGACCUCACAUUUCC